AUGUCUAACGCAGGAUCACCUUCUACUACCCUCACCAGGGUGCGCAACAGCCCCUGCGAAAUGGAAAGACUGUUCAGUCGAGAAUCACGGUAUACCAUCUGGCGGGAACUUUGGCUAUGGCUUGCACAAAGCCAGAAGGAGCUUGGCAUCGUCUACCUCGUUCCCAACCCUAAUACCAAUACCCCCAUGGAAGAGAGAAUCAUCGAAGACGAAGCUCUUGAACAGCUGAGGCGCUGUUGCCGUGCCUUAAACUACCAAGCCAGUGCUCAGCAAAGGUGCACUCUGACUCCUGAUCAUGUAUUGGAUGUUCGCACUCAAUACCACUUCGUCACUGAUCUCGACGCCCCUAAAUCCAAGCACUGGCUCAAUCUCGGCGUCACCCACGAGUACACCCUCGAAAAUACGGAGCAGAUCCUCAUGGCUAGUGCCGUGGAUAUCCUGAACACCAAGAUCGCAAUGCUUCUCUACCGACUAAAAAGCUUUGCCAUGGAUCAUAGGGAUGUACAGUGUCUCGUGUACAAGUCAGGCUCCGGAACACCGGCACCCUACAUUACAACAGUCGGAGAGAGGAUUGCUGGCUGGGCUAAGACGCUCGGUACACUCCUGCGGGCUUUUCAGAUACUUCGAUGCAAAAUCGGAUCGGCUGGAUCUCAGCCAAUUACUUCAAGCGAACAGAACUGCAUUUCCUUUUUUGACAAGAUGUCUAUGCUCCAGCAUUUUGAGGGUGACCGGUCAAAGUGCGAGAAGUUGAAUGACCUCCUUCGCCGAAAAAUGGGAUUCGAAAACUGUCACGCGAAAGACUAUUCUGAUUACCGUGGUGGCAUCAACGCACUUUUGGGGCGCCUGUGUACUAGUCUGGGCGACACGGCUCUUCAAAUUGCUGAAGAUCUGGAUCAUUUUGACUUGACUGGUCAGUUGGUCCAGAAGAGGGCGACUAACAAUGGCCCGCCUGUCACAUCUCCGCUCCUAAUUCUAAAGAUCGCUGCAAACACACUCAGGGGAGUAGCAGAUGAUUUCAAGAAUCCAAAUGUGUCUAAGAUUUAUGGAUGUGAGGAAUACAUCAUGGCACGGCUAUUCAAGCACGCUGCGCGAGUCGUCAGGGUACUCCAAAGCAUCGUCGAGAGCCUCUACUACGAUACACAGAGCGCCUACACCAUCAAGUGGGUCAAGAUGCCAUCCAUGAUGACCUCCCCUCUCGUCGGUAGACUAGUGAACCGCCACGAGGAUCGAGCGACCAUUAUGAGGCAUCUGAGGGCCGUUUGCACCAACGAAGACAGGAUGACUCUCCCAUUUCAACUUCGAGUGGGACGUUUUCUGGCCAGACUCGUCAAUCACGAGUUCUUCAGAAGACAUGCUGAUGACGUUCGCAAUGCUGUCCUGUCAGUCGAUGAUGUCUCUUGUUUUGAAAAACGAGUUAAUGAGAUCUGCGGACACAAUGGUAUCAUUGCCAUGAGACUUCAACCUUACGAGGACUAUAUUCGAGAGAUGACUGCUGGAGAGGCGCGUCUGCAGUCACCUCUAGCGAUUCAGGCUGCCCCGGGCCAUUAG